GAUCCUCUCUUUCUCUCUCACUUCCCUACCUAGUGUCUUUUUCCGAAAUAACCAUGAGUGACAACAAGUGCAUUUCCUUGUUCUUUUCUUUUUUCCGUGUUUUCUUUUCGAAUGGAAGGUUUUAGAUCCCAUACAACGAAAUUAAAUGGAACUGAAAAAAUCGAAUAAGAAUUAAAAGUGAGAACAUAAAUUUUAAUUUUCGAGAAACACAUUUACUAGCCAAAAAUCUUUAUUACGGUCAGAAAGGGACUGUGUACCCGUCCUACUGGGAAUUGUAAGAGAAUUUGUAGUGCUGUUCUUAUAGGAUAAUGUAAGAGCAACGAUGCAUAUGGCUAUGCGAAACAAGAGCUUGUUUUAACAUUAAUGGAAUUAGCCAAGCAAAUUAUAAGCCAUGCUAUUACUUUCUCUUUUACGAUUUCUAAAACCCACAAAAACCCUUUACCCCUACAUCAUCAGGAAAUGCUUUUCCAAAUGGGCUUCAGCAAUCGAGAAUGCCUCUUCCCCGCACAAAGCUCUCGACCUCUACUCCUCAAUGCACCGCAACGCCAUCCCUAUUGAUAUCUUCUCUGUUGUCUUUACCCUUAAAUCAGGCUCCCGUUUGCAGAAUCGCACUGUCAUUGAUCAUUUACAUUCGCAUACAAUCAAACUGGGAUUCGUUGCUAAUUUCUAUGUAGCCAAUUCUCUCCUCAAUGCGUACGUGGCCACGUCAUUUGAUAAAGCCUGUAUCUUGUUCGAUGAAAUGCCUGAAAGAAAUACUGUUAUGUGGAAUACUAUGAUUACUGGGCAUUCAAGAUCAGGAAAUAUUGAUAAAGCACGCUCCCUUUUUUAUGAAAUGCCAUUGAGGGAUGUGUCUUCUUAUUCUUCCAUGAUUGCAGCUUUUUCUAACCAUGGGUGUUGGAACGAAGGGUUAUUGCUAUUUCGAGAAAUGAUGGCUGGUGGACAGAUAAAACCAAACCAAGUAACAAUUGGAACAGUUUUAUCUUGUUGCAUAAACAUGGAUUCUCUUGGUUUGUUGAUAGGGAAAUCAGUUCAUGGCUUUAUUUUAAAGAAAGGGUGGGAACUGAAUGUGGUAAUUGGUAACAUUCUUGUUGAUAUGUAUGCAAAAUGUGGAUUCUUGAAGAAUGCUUUACAGGUUUUCGAUUUCAUGCAAGAAAGAAAUGUCAAGACGUGGACUGCGUUGAUAUGUGGGGCAGCACAACAUGGGUUUAGUCAAGAAGCAUUGUCCUUGUUUAAGAUGAUGCAAGAGGCAGGCAUUAGACCUAAUGAGCUGACUUUUACAGGUAUUCUUAAUGCGUGUGUUCAUUCGGGGUUGGUUGAAGAAGGUGGAAAGUAUUUCAGGAUGAUUGAAGAGUAUGGUUUGGAGGUUAAAAUUCAGCAUUACGGAUGCAUGGUUGAUUUGUUUGGUAAGGCAGGAUUGUUAGAAGAAGCUUUUGAGGUUAUUAAGACAAUGAAAUUUGAGGCUAAUAUUGUUAUAUGGGGCUCCUUUUUGUCAGCCUGCAAGGAGCAUAAGCAAUUCGACCUGGCUGAGAGAGCGAUUGAACAAGUCUCGAGGAUAAUCAAGCCAGAAAAUGAUGGAGGCAUUUAUACUCUUAUAUGUGCUUUAUAUGCUUCAAAUGAGAAAUGGGAUGAUGUAGAAAGGGUUAGGAAAUUAAUGCUUGACCAAAAUGUGAGAAAAGUUGAAGGCUUGAGUUUUAUCAGAAAAGGAUUAUAAUAGGAGUCUAUUUUCUCUCUCUUCAGGCAACUUCCAAAGGCUAAAGAACUAGUUGCUUGAUGAUUCUUCAGCUUUUGCCUUCUAAUGGUUACUUAUCGCUAUCUCUGUGGCAAGAAUCGCAUAUUCCCAAUUCUGUACAACUUUUAAAUCCUCUCUAAAUUUGUUGCUACAUCUUCUUUCUUUAGCAUAUGAGAAUGAGAUCCAAACACAUCUAAUGAUUUUCUUGGGUCUUCUUGGAUAGUUUUCUUCUGCUUUUCUUUUUUAAUUUUUAAGUUGUGCACUCCAGAGUUUACUGUUGGUAGUACAUAAUAGUCUUCUGUAUUAGAACCAA